AUGGAAAAACCCGAGAUAUCCACGACAAAUUUGGUCAGAGACAUCAUGCUGAGACAUCAGUCGCUAAAAAUUUGUCUGACAUUGCUGAAGAAGACUUUUGCAUCCAAUGUUGUUGACCACCUUGAGUCAAUUGAUGUUAAAGUUUUGUCUUGCUACCCUGUAUUCAAGAGGAGAAAUGACAAAAUAAAACUUGAUGAAACCCACCCUUCUACGUCAUUCCGGUUGUGUGUAGAUGAGAAGUAUGCGGAAAUAGUUGAAAGAUCAAGUUCUUGGCCUGAUUAUGUUCAGGUUAGGAAUAGGGUUUUCAAUAACAACAGCAAAAGUGGCAGCACCAGAAAUGCCGAUGUCAAUGUCAGGACAUGUUCUGAUGUGAAACGAUGA